AUGAAGGCUGCCCGCAGGGAAGGCGUCUCAAAGCUCCCUGAAUCCCAGUGGGUCGAGUGGAAAGAGUGGGGCGAUGUCGCCCUGACUGCCUACAUUAAGGACCGCAUGUAUGACCCCAUGUCGUUCGGUACCGAGAAGGCCCGCUUCUAG